UUUUUUAAUCAUGAAAGGGAUGGAUUUUUCUCUAAUGCUUUCUCUAAGUUGAUUAUGAUUUUGCCCCUUUAUUCUAUUAAUAUGGUGUGUUUCAUUGAUUGAUUUUCAUAUGUUGAAACAACUAAGCAUCCCUAGGAUAAAUCCCACUUGGCCAUGGUGUUUAAUCUUUUUAAUAUGCUGUUGGAUUGUUUGCAAGUAUUUUGUUGAGGAUUUUUGCAUCUAUAGUCAUAAGAGAUACUGGUCUGUAGUUUUCUUUUCAUGUGAUGUAUUUGUCUUGCUUGGAAUUGUAGUAAUGCUGGUCUCCUAGACUAAGUUAGGAAGUGUUCUAACUUAGUCUCCUCUUCUAUUAAGUAUUUUUAAAUGUCUGUUGUUAAUUCUUUUUUAAAUAUUUGGUAGAAUUCACCAGUGAAGAAAUCUUGUCCUGAGUUUUCUUUUUUUGAAAAAUCUAGAUUUCCUAUUUCUUCCUUAAUAAGUUUUGGCAGUUUUUGUGUUUAAAAAUUUACAUACUAAUACUUUGCUGCUGUGCAGCUCCAUACUUCACUUUAUGUUACUAUUGUCACAGAUCACAUCUUUGUGCAUAUGUUCUCAUAAACAUACAUUUAUAUUUAUUGUUUUAUGUAGUUGUCAUUUAGAUCAGAUAGGAAAAAGAGGACUUACAACCAAAACAAUACAUUAAUAUUGUCUUGUAUAAUUUGUUAUGUAAUUAUUUACCUUUACCAGUGUUCUUAAUUUCUUCAUGUGGAUUAAACUUCUGGUGUCCCUUCAUUUCAGCCUAAAGGCCUCCCUGUAACAUUUCUUGUAGGGCACGUCUAGUAGUGCAAACUCUCUCAGAUUUUGUUUAUUUGGAGAUGUCUUAAUUUCUUGAUCAUUUUUUGAAGGAUAGUUUUGCUGGGUAUAGAAUUUUUGAUUGACAGUUUUUCAUCUUUCAGCACUUUGAAUUAGCAUUCCACUGCUUUCUGGCUUUCAUGGUUUCUGAUGAGGAGUCAGCUCUAAGUCUUAUUAAGAAUCUCUUGUACUUCUCUCUAGUUGCUUGCGAGAUUCUCCCUUUGUCUUUGGCUUCAACAGUUUGAUUAGCGAUUACGAUGAAGUAUAGCGGAAAAGCCAGUGGUUUUGGCGUGAUGCAAACAUCGACUUUAACCCCAACUGUGUCACUUUUUAGCUGGUUUUCUCAUUUUUGAAAUAUAAUGAUAUCCACUAUUAGGAUUAUUGUGAGAAUCAAACGAAAUAAUGUAAAUGAGGCAUGAAGGCAAGCAACAAAUCAUUGUUCAAUUUUCACAGUCUCAGGACAGGGCAGGCUUCCAUUUCACUGCUGACUGAUGGGUUACUAUUGUUACUGCCAUUUUAUUCCUCCUUCGCUAUGUGUUGCCUCUAAAAGAGCUUACAUCUGCAGUCAGGAAGUGCUACUUACUAUACCCUAGCUUAUUUCAGUGGCCCAUCCAAACCAGUAUUAUUUCUCUUAGAGUAUCAUCCAGGGAUGCUUAAUAGCAGAACAUAAUGUUGUCACCUCAUGGCUCUCCCUGACAUACAACUGGUACCCUUAACUUCCCUUAAAUAAUGAAUUCUGGUGAUAAACUGGUUUUAUUUAUGUUUUUGUUUUUUCUAGAACUGUGUCUAGAACUGUAUGUUUUAGCUCUGCCUCAUGAGGGAUUACUUGUGUAUAAUUACUUGUUCCAUGUGUAUAAGACAAGGCAGAUAUUUCUGCUUCUGCCCCACGCAGAGACAGAUCUCAUCUGAGACAUACAACCUGCUCCAGGAACAUUCAAGCCCUUUGAGCCAAACUGUCCACACCUAUGGGCAGGACCCAACAACGUAAAGCUUAAGAUGUGUGUGUUCAGGUCAGAGGGCUGAAAUCCUAGCUGACUCUCAACUCUCUUGCACUCUGGUUCCUGCCUACUUAAAUCUAUGGAACCCACCUACUGCUUCCUAAUCUACCUGCCUCCUCUGGACAAGUUUCCACCUAUUGUCCUUGCUGACUUUACUGGACCUCUAUUUCUUGGCUGAAGUAUGAGUCUUGACUCUCCUUAGGCCUGUUUAAUUUAUUCAACAAAUACUAGUUUAGUACUUAAUAUAUGCAAAGUUCUGUUCUAGGUGCUGGAGAUACAGCCCCUGGCAACAAGUCAGACAAAAAUCUCUGCUCUCAUGGAACUUACAUUCUAGUUAGUCUCUAAUACCCUGAUGUAACAAAGAGUUCACUACUCUAUCUCAAAAAAAGAUUGGCUGACGUAAGUCUGUAUUCAUCAGGUAUGAGAAGACGUUCUUUGAACCUUAAAAAGGAUAGUUAGAAUUUUAUGCCUUAAUGACAUCUAACAAACAGGUCAGACACAUCCUCCCCUCUAAAUCAUGGUGCUUCCUUGAGCUUUCUCUGUUUCUCUGUUAUUUUCCCCACUACCUGGCCAGCUGUGGAAGGGAGAUUCUCUCACUGCAGUUCCUGGGCAUCGUUUGGAGAUCUUAUAAAUGGAAGUCCCUCUGAUAAUCUGCCACUCCUCAGCUAAUCAGUCAGUGCCCAGGGGCUAUUGAUUCCUGCAUAUUAUACGUGAUGGCUAAAAAUUUCAUGUCAUCCUUCAGUUAUGUCUAAACUCUUGGGUGGGUAAUUUAGGAACCUAAGAAUUUAUUUUCAUACCCAAGUUUUUAGUUUUAGAGCAGCCUAUGAUCUUAUAACUAUUUUUCUAAUAUUUUUGCCCGAUUAGCUUCAAAAGAAAAUGUAGAGUUGUGAAUUUCAUCAAUACGGAAAUCCAACUAGAUGUUAUUGAUCCUCUCUAUGCUUCUCUUUGGUCUCAAACCAUCUUUUGUAACAUGGUUAUUAAGUGGCCCUUCUGGUUCUGUAGUCGUUUUCCUCUUUUUUGUGUAGAAACUUUUACUCUUAGCUUUGGAGUCCAUUGUAUUAAUGAGUCUCCUUAAAUUGUUUUUUCCUAAUUAGUAUUGAUUUGUAACUGACAAGUGCAGGCUUAUGCUCUUUCUUAAUCUCUUUCAUCAAGCAAUAUUUUCCAAUUUUGAUGGGAUUAGUUCUUUUAUUCUACUAGACCACCAUAAAGGAGGCUUUUCUGGAGAAAAUCUGCCUUUUAAAAUCUUCAAUGCCCAUUUUUUCUAGUAACCAUCUUCAGGCUCUCUACAUAAAGUCCACGAAAGCAUCACCUUUAUCAGUUUCAUUUAUUGUUUUAUGUCCAACACCCAGACUGGAGUAGGUACCCAAAUAUUUGACAAUAGAUGGAUGGAUGAAUGAAUGAAUGAAUUUUAAAAUAAAAUGUUUCCAUUUUUUCUAACUUACCCAUACUUUUAGUUGUGAUUCUCUUUUCCAAUUUUGAGCAGCCAUUUAGUGGAUUUGUUUCCUACCCUGUGGGUUAGUUUGUUUCUUUUUCUCACCUGAGUGCUGUACAUCAUCACGCUUUGAUCACAUUGACUCAGGGUUCCAACAAAGACAGAUGCUUUCAGCACCUGUUCUAUAAGAAACAAGUUUAAAUUGUUUCCUCCCUUGUCGAUCUAAAACUAUUCUGCUCUAGGAAACAGGAGAGAGCACAUCUUGCAUCACAUGGUAGUUUUUACAGGAUGAGUCUUAGAAUAGUGUGACCCGCAGGCCAAGACUGAAUGCUACUCACAGUGUGGUCCAUGGACCUGGCCUGGCCCAUGAGUUAACUGCAUCACUUCUCUGAAUAAGUACAGAACGUUAGAACAAGCACUUACAAACUUGUAUGUGCUACUGACAAAUUGCCACAGCAUCCAAGCACUUUAUUUUGUAUUUUAUAAAAGUAUUGGUCCAUAAUAGAUACAUCAGAAAUAAAAAUCGCUGAUUCUUCACCUACAAAUAGUGUGGGGGCUGGGGCUCAGCUGGGUCAAAUGUAGAGACGGCCCAGCCGGUCUAUAGAACAGACUCGGUGCCAUGUGACUUGCAGAAAAACUGCCAACCUGGGGUAAUGAUUCUUGAUGCCCGGGAGUGAUAAGCCCUUUGCAUGUGCUUCAGGAGGAAAAAAUAUUCUGUUGAUGGAAUAAUGGACAUUACCCUGAAGUUAUGCAGUAUGGUGCAGUUUCAAAACCAAUUUAUCAUCUAUCUUCGCAGCACACAAAUGUAGCUGCUCUGCAAGGAAAACCUCAUUCACUGAUAUAAAAAGCCAGCUGUGCCAGAGGAGGGAGUAACCAGGGGAGCCUAUAAGGAGUCAGAAUACACCCUGUUGACACUAAAGCUGAUUGAUGAGCAAGGAGCCUUCUGAGUCCAGAGGACAACAAAGUGGAAACGAGAUAGACAAAUGGUUCCGUGAUGUAUGAGAAACCGUAGGUGUGACACAGAUGUGUGUUCUCUGUGCAAGAGAAGAUUAGGGUCUUUCAAGGCUGACAGUUGUUGUCAGUGCAGUUGACAUAAGUUUUGCUAAUGUUAAUGGAAAUGUACUAGCAUGAUUUACCAAAGCCAUUUACAGCUGUUGAGUUAGAGUGAAAUAGAAAGCAAUUGUAGGAAGAAGAACCCAAGAGGUUUCAUACCUGUGUGUGCAAACAAAUGCAUAUUUUUAAACUGCUAUAUAUAUAGAAUUUCUCCCCUAAUGUGGCAAUUUUUAUCUUUCUUUAAAACUAUUCUUUCAGAUGUUAAGAAACUACAGCAAAUUCUGUGGUUCCAGAAAGCCUUCUCAAAUUCUCCACCAUCUCCAUUUUUUUGUUUGUUUGUUUUUUUGUUUUUUUUGUGUUUUUUUUUUUUUUUUUUUUUUUUGAGACAGAGUCUCACUCUGUCACCCAGGCUGGAGUGCAGUGGCGCGAUCUCGGCUCACUGUAAGCUCCACCUCCCAGGUUCACGCCAUUCUCCUGCCUCAGCCUCCCGAGUAGCUGGGACUACAGGUGCCCGCCACCACGCCCAGCUAAUUUUUUUGUAUUUUUAGUAGAGACAGGGUUUCACCAUGUUAGCCAGGAUGGUCUCGAUCUCCUGACCUUGCGAUCUGCCCAUCUUGACCUCCCAAAGUGCUGGUGUGAGCCACCGCGCCCAGCCUACCUUCAUUUUAACACAAGACUGUGCUUCUUGUGUUAACAGGCCUUUCUUUCUAACAAACUCAUUUCUUAUUAAAUUAUGUUCUUUCGUCCUUCCUUAUGAUGCUAGAAUUAGACAAUCUCAUCUGUGUUUAGUUACAGGAGACACAAAGUAUUCUGGAAUACCAAGACAGUGUUUUCAGCCAUGGUGCAACAAUGCCAAGGGCAUGUGAAGCUUCUACAGAUAAGGCAUCAAAUGCAGAAAGCAUCAGAAGCCAGCUUUGAAGGGCACAAGGUAUGGCUCAUGACAUUUCAAUGCCAUGAAAUAGGGCAGCCAGUGUUUGCAAAGCAAGCCAGGUGAGUUGGUGGCAUAAGGAAAAUGACUUCAGAGCUGGAACCUCUCCUGGUGUGGAGAAAACAGCUGGCUGACCUUCCACCCAGAAACUCCUCCAAGUAGCUGAGCAACACAGACUGCCCGUGAAGGCUGCAUUUGGCAGUAAGGGCAGUCAGUAGUCAUGGCUGGGGCAACCAGAAGGAUUCCAAAAAGGAGCAAAUAGAGAACUUGAGCAAGGAUGGAAAGUGGAAGGACAGCAAACAGGUGGGGAUAACUCCUUAAAGGAUGAAGCUAGGUUUAUUUUAUAUGAAAGAUGAAGUGUGAAAUCCUGGGCAGGCAUCUUCCAUGAAAUGGCUUAGGGUAAGCCAGAGAAAAAAUGAGGGAAGAAGACAGCCCUGAUGAUAACUAAAGCCUCUCUCUACCUUGGUUGCUAAUGUUUUUACCCUGGGGUCAGGAACAGGGUGGUUAUGAUGGUGUAGAAUAUGGUCCUUUCUCCAGUGUUUGGGCCACUCUGGCCCCCUUGCUGUCCAUCAUCACUAUGCCCAGAGAUGGGCAUGGGAAAAUGAGAAGCUACAUGGAGGGUUGCUCAGUGGCUUUUUACUAAGCAGGGCCUUGUACAGAGAAAAUUGAAGCUUCUGUGCUGGCAGAGAUGAGUGUAACCCUUGCUCCCUCCUUUGAGUGAUUCACACUCAAAUCUCAUGCCAAGCCUGUGGUUUCACAGUAACAAUGAUUUUAGACUCCAGGAUCCCUUUAUAGACCAGCCACCAGGAUUCCUUGUCCCCAGGCUCCACUGCCUUUUCUUUCUGGGCACUAGCUAGCUCACCCACUCAUAGCAAAAACCUCUGAAGUUUUCCACCCACUUUCGUCAUGACCUCUGAGACACCUCUACUCUCCCUUAUUGCCUCACCUCUCUUACUUCCCAUCCUUCCUUGAAAUUUUGCUUUAUUCUUUGGAUGGAGACAUGAGGUUGCUUCUUCAGAAGCUCCAGAGGCCCCUUUAUGAAGUCCUCCCCACUAGUUUCUUCUCUGUGUAGUCUAUAAGCAUAUAUGGAUCACCUAGUCUUUAGCCAGGGGCCAGGCCCUGGUUUCUCCCUUGUGUCAUGAAUCUCAGUUCAUUCGUAUGCAGAAAGUCUAAUGCCAACAGCCUAAAGUGGAGGUCAAGCCCCUGUAACUCCAACAGAGGCAAGAAAUUCAUGAAGGUGGGGUUACCAGUGGUAUCAGUCGGUUACAGCUGCCAUAACAAAACACCAUAUACUGAAUGGCUUAAAACAGUGAAGCUCAUUUCUUCACAGUUCUGGAGGCUGGAAAUCCAAGAUCAAAGCGUCAAUAGGUUUGGUUUCUCCUGAUGCCUCUCUCCUUGGCUUGCAAAUGACCCCCUUCUCCCUGACCUCACAUGACCUUUUUUAUGUGUGUGCACAUCCUUGGGUCUCUUCCUCUUCUUAUAAGGACACCACUGCUAUUGGAUUAGGACCCAGCCUUAUGACCUCAUUUAAUUUUAAUUACCUCUUUAAAGGCUUUAUCUGCAAAUACAGCCACAUUGGGAAUUAGGACUUCAACCUAUGAAUUUUGGGGAGAAUAAUUCAGUACGUCACACCAGUGAAGAAGCUUUUGUCUGCAAGUAGCAGAAACUUGACUCUCGUGUUCAGGUGUCCAGAGGAAGAGAGUAUCCACUGUUAGUUCAGGGACCCCACAGGUUUAUCAAGAACCAGACUCAAAAGAGACCACUGAAAGCAUGUUCAGUUAUGUGUAUAGAUCCAAAGACAAUGAUUCUCAAGUCUAGAAAUUGUUUUAAGAUUUUGUACAUCUAUUCUGCACCUGUCACUUAUUUGUGAGAACCACCAGCAAAACAUUAAACCAGGCUAUAUGAUUGCAGGAUACGCAAGGGUAUUUUCAAUUUAUCAUCACUGGAAAUGACACUGACAUCACUUUCUUAGUUCAUUUAUUCAGAACACAGUUAAUAAACGGGUCCCCUGCAUUUUCAAGGCCUUGAGUUAAGGGCUUUCAAGGCCAUUGGUAUGAAUCAGAAAUUAGAGUGCCUCCACCUUGUUUUGUGAAUUUCAGAGCAAGAUUUAGCCACUUAUGCCCACAGUAAGAAGAGAAUUCUGAAAAUUCAGAUGUUCAAGAAAAUACAUGUAAGCAAUAAAUAAAUAAACAAAUAAAUAAAUAAACUGUGACACUCCUUAGAAUCAGGCAAUAAUCAACUGCACAAUUACUUAUAGUGAAGAUUCACACUUCAGGGGACACCAGAAAAAGUAGUUUCUGGCCAGGCGUGGUGUCUCACUCCUGUAAUCCCAGCACUUUGGGAGGCCGAGGAGGGCGGAUCAUGAGGUCAAGAGAUCGAGACCAUCCUGGCCAACAUGGUGAAACCCCAUCUCUACUAAAAAUAUAAAAAUUAGCCGGGCAUGGUGGCUCCUGCCUGUAGUCCCAACUACUUGGGAGGCUGAGGCAGGAGAAUCGCUUGAACCUGGGAGGUGAGCAAAGAUCGUGCCACUGCACUCCAGCCUGGUGACAGACUGAGACUCCAUCUCAAAAAAAAAAAAAAGUAGUUCCUACUCCUUUUUACUGUUUAGUGCUUUUUUUUUUUUCCUUUGGUCUCCCUAUUUUGUUGAUUUGUACAGCUUCCAGCAGUUCUCUCUCCACUUUUCUCUAAGAUUUUCCAUCUUGCUUUUAAUGGAGCUUGAUGUCUCUCUCUCUUUCCCUUUUUUCCCCAUUAGUCUUUGCUUUUAGUUCCUGGCUCCUGCAUGUAAUUCUCCCCCACUCCCACCAUGUCUCCACCUUUCCCCACUAAGGCCUUGAGACACAUAGAUUUCUUCCAGAGAACCUGGGUGAAUGGUUUAAACUUGCCUUAGGAAGUUACUUCUUUCACAUAUAGCUGCUUCAAGUGAGAACCAAAAGCACUCUUUAUAGCCUGGAUCUGGGAGGCUGCAGAGCAGAAGGCUGCUCCUGAAAGUGGAGCAGGAGCGCUGGGCAUUCUCUUUGAAGAAAGCAGAAUUCUUUUAUCUCAGAGCAGAGUCCAAUUUUAUGAGCACAUGGAAAGUUAGAUUGAAGCAGGUCAAACCUCAGCCAAUGCCUUUAAUGACUGCAUCUUCCCUCACAAGGGCCAUAUGCUUGGGAUGGAUCUGAUUAUGUAUAUAAUAUAUAAAAUAGACAAAGGUACACUCUUGUACUCUCGCUUGCCAAUUUCAUGUUUUUGAACCAUGAGAUCCCUUGCUGUUGAAGUUGGGUCCCUGUGGGCCCUGUAACACCUUCUACCCAUAGGGGCAGAAUUCAUGGAGUUCCAUUGUGGAAUUAAAUUAACUCUGCCAUCCAUAAAAGCCAACAAUCCAAUGCAUCCUCAAACCUCUGCGUUUUUUGAAGAGUAUAAAAUGCGAACACGUGGAGGAAGAUUUGAGACCAAAUAGACAAGAGAUAAGUGGCCAGCCACUUAUUUUAAGUUAAAGUUUUUCCCCAACGAUGAUUGAUUGUUAUGCUAUUUUGACAAGGAGGUUUUUAAUAAAUUCUGGCAAUUAAAGAAAUUUAGCAGUCUUGGAACCAGAAGCCUUUGAGAAUGAACAUAGUCUUUACAUAAGAAGCUCAGUGAACUAAGGGAAAUACCAGGCAAUAUUGCCAUCAGCAGAGUGAGGGAUUUCUUUAAUAGUAAAUAACAAUGGUUUGUAAAAUUUGCGUAUCAAGCAAACACACAAUCACCUAGCCAAAAAGCUGUGCUUAAGUAUGAGGCAGAUAUAGAGCUGCCUGUAGCUGACAAGCAGUUUCCAGGAAUUCUUUAAGAACAAAUGUGACCUGGUAAACAAGUGUGGCUAAUAGUCCCAAUAUCACAACUAUUUAUAGGGCCAGGGUCCAGAACAAAUCCAUGAAGAGCUAUAGUUCAGCCCAACCCAAAACCCAAGGAUUAGGAUGUUGAGGAAAUUAAGCUGUUUGGGGACAUGCAGGGCACACACGUGUUUGCCUUCCUGUGGAUUAGUUAUGCUAUAAAUGCAAGCUAUUUUGCUAGAGAGAAAAGCACAUGGGGGACAGUCUCCUAAAUUCUGGCUGGCUAGAAAGGACAGAGUUCCUAGAUGUAAUGGCCAAGAAGAUUGCAGAAAGCAGCAGGAGGAAAAAUAACUCUACGAAGCUAGAAUCACAAAGAAUGUCAAGAAACCAGUGAAUGGAAAACACAAGGCACAAGGAAAGAAGGCACCCAAGACCUAGCAUCAUGUCUGGUACAUAACACUUACUCGGCCAGGCACAGUGGCUCAUGCCUGUAAUGCCAGCACUUUGGGAGGCCAAGGUGGGCAGAUCACGAAGUUAGGAGUUUAAGACCAGUCUGGCCAACAUAGUGAAACCCCGUCUAGUAAAAAUACAAAAAAUUACCCAGGUAUGGUGGUGUGCACCUUUUCCCACUAAGGCCUUGAGUGACAUAGAUUUCCCAGCUACUUGGGAGGCUGAGGCAGGAGAAUUGCAUGAACCUGGGAGGCAGAGGUUGCAGUGAGCCAAGAUAGCAAGAUCGCGCCAUUGCACUCCAGCCCAGGCAACAGUGUGAGACUGUCUCAAAAAAACAAAAAACCAACAACAAAAAACAAACAAACAAACAAACAAAAAGCCAUUUACUCCAUGCAUGUUAUUAAAGAAAUGAAAGAAUAAAACACUAAAUGAAUAAAUGGAAAAGGUUUAAUCCACUGUAUGUAUUAGGAAUUGACUUUUUCCAUAGAUGGUGGAUCUGGAGCUUUGAAAAUAGAUGGAAGCAAACAUUUCAUAAUCCGUGGGCAACUAAAGCUUCAUGCUGUCCCUAGAAGGGAGAUUCUCAUUGUGGUGACUGAUGUCUCCCCUCUGCAGGGGUAGAGGUGGCUGUGAGUACACUUGGCAUGGACAAUUGGGAGGUAAAGGAAACAUGAUGGACACAUUUUCAGCGUUUUCCAAACUUGGCUUAUGUGAUUCAAGUGUAAAUAGAUGCCAUCCACAUGAGAAGCAAACUUGAGUUGUGGGCAGAAGUAGUGUUUUCAGCUCUUCUUCCAUUGAAACUCAUGACUUUGAAAGUCAAGGCACCUUUAUGAAGUAGGCAAUGGAAGUUAAUUUUCUAAAGCAUACCCAUAGCUUUUCAGUCAAGGUUGGGCACUGCCUUUAUUUUGGGAGGGACAAUAUUUUAUUUUGUAGGCCAAUAGUACAGCCCUGCCUGCUGCCCACGAAAUGCCAGUUAACACACCCCAGUCAUUGUGACAACCAAAAAAUGCCCCAAAACAGUUCCAGUUGCCGUCUAGGGGAAUGUUUUCCAAGUGAGCAACACUGGAUGCUUUCAAAGAACUGGAUUUAGUCUUCUGAACCACAGUACACUAUGCAAAAAUAAAUGGCUUAGGAAAGGAUAGAGUUUGUCUUGUAAAUAUUGGACUAACAUGCUUGGCAGAAUGAUGAUGUGUUCAGGACAACGUUGAAUGAUAUUCAAGUGUGGAACAGAGACAAACUCAAACAUGCACUAUACCCCUUGCCUAUCUCAGUGGGCCCCCUUCAAGUGUCUACUCUAGUAUAGAACACCUACUGGGUGUUCAGAGUUAAGCAAUCUUAACUCCUACUUGCUUAUGCUCUGCUCCAGGCCUCAAAGGCCUCAUUUUCAACCUUGCCUGCUCAUCAUUUCACCCUCUGGCUUGCUUUUCUACUUUCAUCCGGUGAUAGGCUAACUUCCAGCUCCUGGCCAUGGCUUAGUUUCCUGGAUGCUGCUUUUGUGGUGUUCCUGCAUCAUGGCAACCCAGAUAGAUGACUUUGUGAUGACCAUGUUGCCCAAUCUAGCCCAGGGAGAACCCACCCUUGGGCAGAGUGCCUCCAUGCAGCCCUCACCCAAUCUUAGUUCAGCUUCAGUGUCACAGCCAAAACAAACACCACAUAGCAUAAACAAACAACAGUAAGGAAGGUUCUCAGUCCCUCUCAGGAAAGAAUAAUAGGGAAGAGGGUUAAAAACAAUGCUGACAUAUUCACAACUUCAUAUGCAAAUUCCCAGAGUAUAAGUAAUAAACCAAGUGAACUUGAAAUUCUAAGAAUAGAAAAUAAAUUGGCCUCAUGGGUCCAAAUGAGAGUUAGGAGCUCAUGGAACUAAAAAGUCCAGAGGUAGAGCUAGUUUUAAGCAUGGGUAGUGUAUUAGUCCAUUCACCCACUAUUAUAAAGAAAUACUCGACACUGGGUAAUUUAUCAAGAAAAGAAGUUUCACUGGCUCCUGGUUCUGCAGGCUGUGCAGGAAGCACGGAAGUAUCUGUUGCGGGAAGUCAGGGACCCCAAAUGGAGGGACCAGCUGAAGCCACAGCAGAAGAACAUAAAUUGUGAAGAUUUCACGGACAUUUAUCACUUCCCCAAUCAAUACUCUUAUAAUUUCCUAUGCCUGUCUUUACUUUAAUCUCUUAAUCCCAUCAUCUUCAUAAUCUGAGGAUGUAUGUCACCUCAGGAUCCUGUGAUGACUGAAUUAUCUGCACAAAUUAUUUGUAGAGCAUGUGUGUUUGAACAAUAUGAAAUCUGGGCACGUAGAAAAGGAUCAGGAUAACAGCAAUUUUCAGGGAACAAGUGAGAUAACCAUAAAGUCUGACUGCCUGCAGGACCAGGCAGAACAGAGUCCAUAUUUCUCUUCUCGCAAAAGCGAAUAAGAGAAAUAUACCUGAGUGGCGGCUGCUGCGGAGAAUUGGAGAUGGGGACCGCCCUGGACAUCAAGAUUAAAAGAGCGAAUAAAGUUUAUCACGCCGGGUAUACACUGCGCUGUGACAUGAAGCGGUCUCUGUUGGCCAAGGACUUGACAAAGACCUGUGAAUUUAUCGUUCACUCCGCUCCUCAGAAGGGGAAGUUUACUCCCAGUCCCGUGGACUUCACGAUUACACCUGAAACCUUACAGAACGUCAAAGAGAGAGCUUUGCUUCCCAAGUUUCUCCUUCGAGGACAUCUCAACUCAACAAACUGUGUCAUCACACAGCCGCUAACGGGAGAGCUGGUGGUGGAGAGCUCGGAAGCCGCCAUCAGAAGCGUGGAGCUGCAGCUGGUGCGCGUGGAGACAUGCGGGUGUGCAGAAGGCUAUGCCCGCGACGCCACGGAGAUUCAGAACAUUCAGAUCGCCGACGGGGAUGUGUGCAGGGGCCUCUCUGUCCCCAUCUACAUGGUCUUCCCUAGGCUGUUCACCUGCCCUACACUGGAGACCACCAACUUCAAAGUGGAAUUUGAGGUUAACAUCGUGGUGCUUCUUCACCCUGACCACCUCAUCACGGAGAACUUCCCGCUGAAGCUCUGCAGGAUAUAGCCCGGAGGACGGAAGCAUAGAAAACGGGAGUGGCCAUCUGGAAAUCCAGCUGGUUAUCCAAAUCCUAAGGGGAGCUACAGCCAGCGGCAUAUACUUGUUUUUGUGAUUAUUCUGUAUCAGAAAUGAAACAGACCCUCAAAUUAA